AUGGCUUCAGCAUCGCCGGUCCAGCUCAAUCGCCUUCUCGCACGGCUCGAACACACUCUCCUCACAGCGAAUGGCGAUCCACAUCUACAACAUUCCCAAUACGAACGAAGUCGGGUUGCCGCCAACAUCGAACAUGCACGCGCUAUGCUCUUGACGCUCGAGAAGCAGUCAGCGACAAAUAGAAUCCAAAUCCAGCGACAGGAGAUGCCAGCCGAUCUUCAAUCCAAACGCGAAUUGAUCAAGAGACUGAACACACGACUACGAGAAAUCAGCGAUGCGGCCGUGGAGUCAGACGACGAAGACGAAGAUGACGAGGAAGAUGAGCACAUCCUGAACGCAUACGCUCCAAAGAGGAAAGACACAGAAGCAGGUCUAGAGUCUGGCAUACCACAAGAACCACGCAUAGACGAAACGCAACAAGCAGAACUCCGCUCGCGCAAACCCAACCUCCAAUCCACCGACAACCGCUCCGCCGCCUCCACAACCGCACGCGAACAACUCUUCGCCGGAAGCAAACCCAAAGACCAAACCGACACCUCCUCAACACAACAAACAGAAUCCCUCAUGUCCCACAACCGCACCGAGCAAGAAACGCUCACCAGCGGACUUCUGGGACUCGCCCAGGCGCUGAAGGAGAGUUCGUUACAGUUUGGGGCGAGUCUAGAGGCGGAUAAGGAAGUCACGAAGAGGGCGGAGGGGGCGCUGGAUAAGGGGCAGCAGAGUAUGGAGGCUGCGCAGAGCAAGAUAGGGGUGUUGAGGAGGAUGAGUGAGGGGCAGGGGUGGAUUGGGAGGAUGAAGCUUUAUGCGAUGGUUUUUGGGCUUUGGGUUGCGUGUUUUCUUUUGGUGUUUGUGGGGCCGAAGAUUAGAUUUUGA